AUGGGCAAUCAACCAAGUGCGCCCAAGAUCACUGCGGAAGACAGGGCAAUCUUCCAACUCAAACAACAACGUGACAAGAUCAAACAGUAUCAACGCAAGCUCUCCUUGAUUCGCGAUAAGCAAACAAAGCUUGCCAAAAAAGCUAUACUCAACAAACAACCAGAUCGUGCUAAAUUGUACCUCCGGCUAAAGAAACAACAAGAGGCCACAAUAACAAAGACAUAUGACCAACUUGACAAUCUCGAGAAGCUUAUAGGAACUAUUGAGUUCAAGCUAAUAGAGAAGGAUGUAAUGUACGGGUUGCAACAGGGUAACGCAGUACUCAAGCAAUUGAAUGCAGAGAUGAAUGUUGACAAGAUUGAUAAGAUUAUGGAUGAUUUGGAGGAGGAGAGGUUACAAGAGCAAGAGAUCAGCCAGACUCUAGGAUUAGGGUCAGGGUUGAGUCGAGUCGAUGAAGAUGCAGUGGAUGAUGAAUUUGAAAGGUUGAAUAAAGAAAUCAACAAGACAAGUGCCAUUAAACAAGAGGAAACAAAGGAAGAACAGAAGGUGGUUGGAGAAUUACCGUCUGCACCAAAAGAUCAAAUUAUGCCCAAUGUGCCAAGCGAUACUCCACUCUCGGAUAAAAAGGAGAAUCAAAAUGCAGAACUGGAGAAAGAGAAACCAAAACAAGAGCAGUCAGAAUCUGAACCGAUUGCUGCAUGA